CUCAAUGACUUCACUAAGUCCUCCAGGAAGUUGCCAGAAGAUAUCAUUAACUGAAAGGCGUAUGGUGUAGAAAGAAGCAUAGACUUAUCUUUUUAAGGUAGUCGAUGAUGUCCAACUCUCUACAUUCAGUAAGCAGACUGGUCAGGCAUUGCAUACACACGUCCACUGACUAAUUUCUUCCAUGGCCUCUUCUUCAUCCUCUUUUUCAGUCACAUCUCCAUGGCUCUAUGAUGUCUUCUUGAGCUCUCCUCGUGAUACUUUUACAGCCGAUCUUAACCAUGCUUUGAUGAAAAAUUUAAUCCGUACCUUCACAGAUGAGGAUGAAAUUAGAAGGGGUGAUGAGAUUUCACCAGUACUUCUCCAAGCUAUAGAAGGUUCAAGAAUUUCUAUCAUUGUGUUAUCAACAAAUUAUGCAUCAUCAACAUGGUGUUUGGAUGAGUUAUUGAAGAUUCUUGAGUGUAAAGAAUUAAAAAAACAAAAAGUUCUACCUGUAUUUUAUCACAUAGAUCCAUCAGAUGUUCGACAUCAAAGGGGAAGUUUUGGUGAAGCAUUAGCUAAACAUGCUGAGAAAUUGAAUGUAGACAUGAAGUUGCAGCUGUGGAAGGAAGCCAUUAAAGAAGUUGCAGCUUUGGCCGGAUUCCAUCUGAUCAGAAAUGAGAACGAAGCUAAAUUCAUUGAAGGAAUCGUUCAAGACAUCUCAAGAUUUAUAGAAAGUCAUUCAUAUUUACCUGUUGCGAAGUAUCCGACUGGCUUAGCCUCCCAGUUACGGGAUAUCAUGAAUUUGCAUUUACGUCUUGGGACAAAUGACGUACGAAUGGUAGGGAUCUUAGGACUUGGGGGAAUUGGUAAAACAUCUCUAGCCAAAGCAAUUUGGAACUCGAUUGCUUUCCGAUUUGAAGCUAGUUGUUUUCUUGCAAAUAUCAGUGACCAUUCAAAUCGAGGGCGUGGUUUGGUGCGAUUGCAGGAGACCCUUUAUUCUAAGAUCUUUAGAGGUCGAAGCAGUUUGGAGAUUGAUAGUAUUGAUUCAGGAAUAAAUAUAAUAAAACGCAUUCUUCAUUCUAAAAGAGUUCUUUUAAUUCUUGAUGGUGUAGACCACAUCACCCAGUUAGACACAUUAGCAGGAGCUUGUGAUUGGUUUGGUGAGGGAAGUAGAAUCAUCAUCACGACAAGAGAUCAACACUUGUUGACUGCUCAUGGAGUUGAUUCAACAUACAAGAUGAAGUCAUUGAAUUAUCAUGAUGCUUUACAACUAUUUUGUCGGCAUGCUUUCAAAAAACAGAAACCGGUUGAGGGUUAUGAUAAAUUUGUAGAACAAAUCAUAAGUUAUGCUGGGGGCCUUCCACUAGCUUUAACAGUGUUUGGUUCGGAUUUAUAUGGUAGAAGUGAAAGUGAGUGGAAAAGUUCACUGGAUAAGUACAAGCAAAUCCCUCACCAAGACAUUCAAAAAAUACUUCAAACAAGUUAUGAUAGAUUAAGUGAAGAAGAAAAGAAUGUUUUUCUUGACAUUGCAUGUUUUUUCAAUGGACAAUUACAGCUUGAUGAUGUCAUUAUAAAGAUACUAGAUAGUUCUGGUUUUCUUCCAAACUCUUCGAUCCCAAGGCUUAGGGAGAAGUGUCUUAUUUCGGAGUUUGACGGAAGAUUGCAAAUGCAUAACUUGUUACGAGAUAUGGGUAGAGAAAUUGUUCGACAAGAAUCGCUUGAAAAUCCAGGAGCACGUAGCAGAUUAUUCUUUCAUGAAGAUGUUCGCGAAGUACUGGAGCAUGAUACAGGAACAUAUAGCAUUGAAGCAAUUGUUAUUGAUUUUCCUGAAGUUGAUGAAAUCAUCCACUUGAGUCCCAACGCCUUCAAGAAUAUGAAAAGACUCAGAGUAUUUAGAUGCAUCAAUGCAUCCUUUUCUGGCGAACUUAAUUGUCUACCUAAUUCAAUAAGAGUGCUUGAUUGGCUUAACUGUCCUUUACAAUCUAUGCCAUCUGAAUUUCGUGGAAACAAGCUCUUUAUUCUACAAAUGGUCGGUAGUCACAUCCAGGAGAUAUGCUUCGAAUUUAAGAAGCUCAUGGUUUUGAAUUUUCGUGGUUCUGAAUUCUUAACGAAAAUCUCGGAUAUUUCAAGAUGCCCAAAUUUGAAACAAAUGGAUUUUAAAGAUUGUAAAAAUCUGGUCGAAGUUCAUGAUUCUGUUGCAUCCCUUGCUAAGCUUGUUAGGUUGAAUCUUAGUGGAUGUAACAACCUAAAGAGAUUUCCAAGGGAACUGCUGCUGAGAUAUGUGCAAUUCCUUGAUGCCCUUCAUGGAAGUCAACUUUCUAGCAGUGGCAUCCGACCGGCUAAACUCUAGUCUUGGCCAAAUUAUGGAGAGUUUUCUAAUAAAAUGACUGCAUUGGCCUAGGCAAAGAACUGAGGUUGAGACUUUGAGCUACAGUAUUUGUAAAAGCUUUUCCAUCUUUGACGAGUGACUGUUAAAAGUCUUCUGGAUUAUUUUAUUAUUAUGUAAUUGACUCCUGGUUUUCCUCAUGAAUCUCCUUUCUCCCAACACUCAAACUGUAGUGUGGAGGAUUUAGUAGACACAAUAAAGAGUUUGGAAGGAAAUGUUCAUCAUUGUUAUGCAGAAACUAUCCAUCUUAGUAGUGACAAUUUUAUGAAACUAAUAUUGUUGGAUGCA